AAUGGGGAUAUUUUGAGCUGGCAUGGGAAAAACCCAGGAGGGCUUCCUGGAGGAGGACUCUUCCCCAUUCUUUCUCCCUCUCUCCGCUCCCAGCAGGACACAACCAAGCCCAGCGCGGCAGCCUGCCGCUACUCUGGUCUGGCCCGGCGGGUGCUCACCAUCGCCUUCGCCCUGCUCAUCCUGGGCCUCAUAACCUGGGCCUACGCCGCUGGCGUGCCGCUGGCCUCCGAUCGCUACGGCCUACUGGCCUUCGGCCUCUACGGGGCUUUCCUCUCGGCGCACCUGGUGGCACAGAGCCUCUUCGCCUACCUGGAACACCGGCGGGUGGAGGCAGCGGCGCGGCGGGCGGCGGCGCGAGGUCCCCUAGACGCGGCCCAGGCGCGCAGUGUGGCGCUGACCAUCUCCGCCUACCAGGAGGACCCGGCGUACCUGCGCCAGUGCCUGGUGUCCGCGCGCGCCCUGCAGUACCCGCGCGCGCGGCUGCGCGUCCUCAUGGUGGUGGACGGCAACCGCGCCGAGGACCUCUACAUGGUCGACAUGUUCCGCGAGGUCUUCGCUGACGAGGAUCCCGCCACCUACGUGUGGGACGGCAACUACCACCAACCCUGGGAGCCGGCGGCGGCGGGCGGGCCGGGCGCCUACCGGGAGGUAGAGGCCGAGGACCCCGGGCGGCUGGCGGUGGAGGCGCUGGUGAGGACGCGCAGGUGCGUGUGCGUGGCCCAGCGCUGGGGCGGCAAGCGCGAGGUCAUGUACACCGCUUUCAAGGCCCUGGGCGACUCGGUGGACUACGUGCAGGUCUGUGACUCAGACACCAGGCUGGACCCUAUGGCACUGCUGGAGCUAGUGCGCGUGCUGGAUGAGGACCCCCAUGUAGGGGCUGUUGGGGGGGACGUGCGGAUUCUUAACCCCCUGGACUCCUGGGUCAGCUUCCUAAGCAGCCUCCGGUAUUGGGUGGCCUUCAACGUGGAGCGGGCUUGUCAGAGCUACUUCCACUGUGUGUCUUGCAUCAGCGGCCCCCUAGGCCUGUACAGGAACAACCUCCUGCAGCAGUUCCUCGAGGCCUGGUAUAACCAGAAGUUCCUGGGCACCCACUGCACCUUUGGAGAUGACCGGCACCUCACCAACCGCAUGCUCAGCAUGGGCUACGCCACCAAGUACACCUCCCGCUCCCGCUGCUACUCAGAGACACCCUCGUCCUUCCUGCGUUGGCUCAGCCAGCAGACCCGCUGGUCCAAGUCCUACUUCCGAGAGUGGCUGUACAACGCACUGUGGUGGCACCGGCACCACGCGUGGAUGACCUACGAGGCAGUGGUCUCGGGCCUCUUCCCCUUCUUUGUGGCUGCCACAGUGCUGCGGCUCUUCUACGCUGGCCGCCCAUGGGCGCUGCUAUGGGUGCUGCUGUGUGUGCAGGGCGUGGCGCUGGCCAAGGCUGCCUUUGCAGCCUGGCUGCGGGGCUGCCUGCGCAUGGUGCUCCUCUCGCUCUACGCGCCACUCUACAUGUGUGGCCUCCUGCCUGCCAAGUUCCUGGCGCUGGCCACCAUGAACCAGAGUGGUUGGGGCACAUCGGGCCGCCGCAAGCUGGCUGCCAACUACGUUCCUGUGCUGCCACUGGCACUGUGGGCUCUGCUGCUGCUUGGGGGCCUGGUGCGCAGUGUGGUCCAAGAGGCCACGGCCGACUGGAGUGGCCCAUCCCGGGCUGCCGAGGCCUACCACCUGGCCGCUGGGGCCGGUGCUUACGUGGGGUACUGGGUGGUUAUGUUGACAUUGUACUGGGUGGGCGUGCGAAGGCUUUGCCGGAGGCGGGCAGGGGGCUACCGUGUCCAGGUGUAAAUUCGAGCAAGAGUCUUAAGGGGAGGCAGGAGGAGACUUGCAAGGCUGAAGGGGCAUGAACUUGCUGGAUCUUAGCUUCUCACCUCUGUGAAAUGAUGGGGGAGCCCUGGUGGCUCAAAGGUUAAACACUCUGAAAGGCUGGCGGUUCAACCCACCCAGGGAGAAAGAACUGGCAAUCUGCUCUGGUAAAGAUUCCAUUACCCUGCUGCCAUCCAGUCUAUCCCAACUCAUAGCGACUCUGUAGCAGAGAGGAGAACUGCCUCGUAGGUUUUCCAGGGCUGUAAUCUUUAUGGAAGCAGAUUGCCACAUCUUUCUCCCACAGAGCUGCUAGUGGGUUCAAACCACCGACCUUUUGGUUAGCAGCCAAGCGCUUAACCACUGUGCCACCAGGGCUCCUCCUGUAAAGAUGACAGCCUAGAAAAAUGAGUGGGGUCAACCCAAGACUCCCCCUGGGACUGUGUUGGGGCUGGGACUUCUGGAUCCCUGGGGACGGGUAUUUAUUGAUCAGGGUGUAGGUUUUUUAGGGGCAGGAAGAAAAGGGGCCCCCACUUUCUCCCUGUUCCUAUUUAAUCUUCAUUUGUACUGUGUGAUUAGGAUAUAAUAAAGAAUUUUAUUUAUUUUCUUCUGAGACUUGUCUUUUUCCUUUUUUGAGAACCAAGGGGGCUGGGGAUGGUACUUUGUUACAGCAGCCUUACCAGACUAAUACUUGAUCUGUCUGCAAAUCCCACUGGUUCUACCUUCAGAAUAGAUCCAGAACCACUGGUCCUUACCUCCCCUGUCACCACCUUUGUCCCCAGGCUGCAUCUCUUGCCUGGAUUAAAGCUACCAUCUCGGGCCCGGAUUGCUUCAGCACCCACCUAAAUAACAGUGGUCCCUGCUGCCACCCUUACCCCCCCUAUAGUCUAUUAUCCACAGAGUUUCUAGAGGGAUCCUGUAAAAAUGUAAAUCAGAUCAUGGCCCUCCUUGGCUUAAAACCCUCCCAUGGCUCUCAUCUCAUGCAGAGGAAAAUCCACAGCCCUUAUGGUGGCCAAUAGGGAUUGAAUUGUGUCCUUCCCAAAAUGUGCGUUGUGAAUCCUAACCCCUAUUCCUGUAGUUAUAAUCCCAGUGUGUUGUUGUUAGGUGCCAUCCAGUCAGUUCCGACCCACAGCAACCUUGUGCACAACAGAACAAAACACUGCCCGGUCCUGUGCCAUCCUCACAAUUGUUAUGCUUGUUGCAGCCAUUGUGUCAGGCCGUCUCAUUGAGGCUUUUCCUCUUUUUCAGUUAUCCUCUACUUUACCAAGCAUGAUGUCCUUCUCCAGGGACGGAUCCCUCCUGAUAACGUCCAAAGUAUGUGAGAUGAAGUCUCGCCGUCCUUGCUUCUAAGGAGGAGUCUGGCUGUACUUCAUCCGAGGCAGGUUUGUUCUCUCUUUUGGCAGGCCACGGUGUAUUCAGUGCUCUUCGCCAACACUGCAGUUCAAAGGCGUCAGUUCUUCUUCGGUCUUCCCUAUUCAUCGUCCAGCUUCUGCGUGCACAUGAGGCUACCGAAAACACCGUGGCUUGGGCUGGGUGCACCUUAGUCCUCAAGGUGACAUCUUUGUUUUUUAACACUUUAAAAAGGUUUUUUUGCAGCAGAUUUGCCCAAUGCAAUGCAUCUUUUGCUUUCAUGGGUAUUGGUUGUAGAUCCAAGUAAAAUGAAAUCCUUGACAACCUCAAUCUUUUCUCCAUUUAUCAUGAUGUUGCUCAUUGGGCCAGUUGUGAGAAUUUUUGUUUUCUUAAUUUUUUUAUGUUGAGGUGUAAUCCAUACUGAAGGCUGUGGUCUUUGAUCUUCAUUAGUAAGUGCUUCAAGUCCUCUUCAGUUUCAGCAAGCAAGGUUGUGUCAUCUGCAUAAUGCAGGUUGUUAAUGCAUCGUCCUCUAAUCUUGAUGCCCCAUUUUUCUUCACAGAGUCCAGCUUCUCAGACUAUUUGCUUAGCAUACAGAUUGAAUAGAGAUGGUGAAAGGAUACAACCCUGACGCACAACUUUCCUGACUAUAAACCACAUAGUAUCCCCUUGUUCUCUUUGAACAACUGCCUCUUGAUCUGUGUACAGGUUCCUCCUGAGCAUAAUUAAGUGUUCUGGAAUUCCCAUUCUUCACAAUGUUAUCCAUAGUUUGUUAUGAUCCACACAGUUGAAUGCCUUUGCAUAGUCAAUAAAAUACAGGUAAACAUCCUUCUGGUAUUCUCUGCUUUCAGCCAGGAUCCAUCUGACAUCAGCAAUGAUAUCUAUCCCUGGUUCCAUGUCCUCUUCUGAAUCCAGCUUGAACUUCUGGCAGUUCCCUGUCGGUAUACUGCUGUAGCCGCUUUUGAAUGAUUUUCAGCAAAAUUUUACUUGCAUGUGAUAUUAAUGACAUUGUUUGAUCAUUUCCACAUUCAGUUGGAUGACCUUUCUUAAAAACAAAAACCAAACCCGUAGCCUUUGAGUCGAUUCUGACUCAUAGUGACUCUAUACGACAGAGUAGAACUGCCCCAUA